AUGUCCGAAUCUCCGGUCAACCUCCGGGUCGGCAUCGACAGCCUCAACAGACCCCAGCGCGGUGGCCGCAAGCCCCUGAGCUGCCUUGCCUGUCGCCGGCACAAGCUGAAAUGCGACCGCAAGGUGCCCUGCGGCACUUGCAUCCGCUAUCAUCGGGAGGCUCUGUGCCGCCAGAAUCCGGCACCUCCGAAGGGAGGCCGGGCCAAGGCAGCGGUCCGGGACAUUGAUAUUGAUGCUGGAUCGGAGCUGGCGGAUGUUGAUCUUGUAGAGUCGGAGGGUUUUGGUGAGCCUUUGGAGGUCCCGUCCCGAGAUCCUAUUGUUGCCGGAUCUACGGACGUGGGUUUGGUUCGCCUUCGGAAUAGCUUCAAAGCUCCCGGAGCUGAUAUCAAGGACACUGCUUUCUUUCUCCGGGCCCUCGGCUUGGAUGCUAAUACCACGUCGAUCCCUGUUUCUUCACUUUCACAGCUUCUGGCUGAGAUUCAGACCGCUGGCCAGCCUUCCAUCUUGUGGCACAUGAUGGAGGGGGCAAACAGGAGACGAUAUUGGGAGACGCAGCUGCGGUCUGCUCUGCCCUCACGGUCCAUGUGCGACCUACUUCUCAACUAUUACCUUGAUCACAUCAACUGGAUCUUCCAGAUUACACAUGUUCCAUCAUUCCGUCGCGAGUAUGAAGAGUUUUGGGAUGCCGGGGAUGACCACGAGCUGGACUUUAUCUUUACGGCCCUCGUCUUCACCAUCAUCUCCGUCAGCGCCCUGUACAUUCCGCCGGCAACGGUGGAAAUAUUCGGCUGUCCUAAGGAGUCGGUACGGGACCUUGCGCAUGUGUGGCAUAGGGCCUCUCAUCAGGCAUUGGUAGCUGGAGACUAUGAGUCGAAGCCGUGUAUUGUGCAGCUUCAGACGUUUUCUAUUACGCAGUUUUACUGGUAUGCUACUAAUGGGAUUGAUGCGUUGAAUUCACGGCUGGGGCAAGCUGUGCGGACUGCCCAGAAUCUGGGACUGGACAAAGACUUGACCCCUUCUCAAACACUGCAUGAUGAGAUGAGGCAUCGCAUCUGGUGGGAUCUCAUUGAUUCAGAUACAUUCCAAUCCAUCUGCCUAGAUCGCCCUCCACUCAUCCGCUUAGAGUCCCCGGGAGUUCCUUUUCCACUCAACUGCAACGACAGUGACAUCACCGAGUCAUUCUUACAACCACGUUCCCACGACGAACCUACUAUUAUGAUGCUCAACAUCUUCAGAGCUCGGUUCUUCAAGUUAAUGAACCACCAUCUUUGCAAUGGCAAUGCCGACGAUGCCAAAUCUUACGAUGCCAUCUGCAAGUUGGACGACGAAGUUGUCCAAAUCACCAGAACUUACCCCUGGUUCUUUCAGCUCGACCAAGAUGGUCGGCCACCACCGCUACCGCAGCCCCUUGGAGAAAUACUCACUUGGCAAAAUCACAUCAUCCGCACAUGCAUCAGCACGCAGCGCAUCCGAAUGUAUCGCCCAUUUCUAUCUCCCCGCCUCGGAGACUCGUGGGCGAAAUGCAUCGAGGCAGCGGAGGACGCCUUGGCGGUGUAUAGAACUAUCCGGACCAACAGAUCGACCACUUCGCUGCAAAAGUUUCUUCCUCAGGCGUAUCAGAUUUUUUCCGUUGCUGUGACGGUCACUGCGCUGCUUCUGGUUGAGGGCUCGCUGCCGAUAUUGAAUGUGCGGCAGCAGAUCAGGGACAUGGCGGAGGAUCUUCUGAUCAUGGAAGACCAGGUCUGCGUGUCUCCUGUUGCUAGUCGCGGGAGACAAAUACUGCUCAAGAUGUUGAACUUGGUGGACAUGGGGAAUAAUGGAGCUGCAGCAUCAGAUCAAGAUACUGAUGGCUUGGUGUCAGGCAUAGGCUUCAUCUUUGGUGGAGAGCAAGCCGCGCGGACAUACAUGCAGCGACUAGCAUCGCGAAACAAGAGACUCAAGGCGUCGACGACGAAGCAGCAGCCGACGCCGACUUCGAUGGAGAGCGCGUCAUUCUCCCAGGGUCAGUUCAGGGGGGUAAUUGAUGAUAGCACGGCGAAUGCGUCUGCCGUGGAGACGCCGGUAGAGUAUAUGGAUGGGACGCAGUCGAUGGGGGUGUACCAGAUGAAUCUGGUCAUGGAUGAUGUGGUGUUGCAGAAUUUGUUGAAUUUCGAUAUGACGGCGCUGAUGACUGAUUCUCAGUAUGGUUGA